AUGAGGUUAUUCUCGUUGGUGAGCGCACACUUGGCGUUCCUCGCGUCUGUAGCUUCAUCCGCGGCGGUGCAGGCUGGCAAUUCUACCUAUUAUAACCCAGUGUUACCAGGCUGGCACUCGGACCCGUCGUGCACGCAGGUCGACGGGACCUUCUUCUGCGUGACGUCUACCUUUAUAUCCUUCCCCGGGCUUCCCCUAUACGCAUCGAAGGACCUGAUAAAUUGGAAGUUAGUCAGUCAUGCGUGGAACCGUGAGAGCCAGCUCCCCGGAAUCAGUUGGAACACAACUGGCCAGCAGCAGGGCAUGUAUGCGGCGACUAUCCGCCACCGUGACGGGCAAUUCUACGUGAUAUGUGAGUAUAUUGGUACGUCGAAGGGGCUCAUUGGCGUAGUCUUCAAGUCGGACGACCCCUUCAGCGACGAAGCUUGGAGCGACCCUGUUACUUUCUCGGCAGAUAAGAUCGAUCCAGACCUAUUUUGGGACGACGACGGUAAGGCUUAUGUAGCCACGCAGAGCGUCAUCCUCCAGGAAAUCGAUCUUGAGACUGGCGAAGUUAGCCAACCGCCUAUCAGCCUUUGGAAUGGAACAGGAGGCGUGUGGCCUGAAGGCCCGCAUCUGUAUAAGAAGGACGACGCCAAUGGAAACUGGUGGGGUAUGGCGCUCGCCACCCGCUCAGGUCCCCAAUUCGAGAUCUACCCGAUGGGUCGGGAAGCGGUGCUCUUCCCAGUGACGUGGGAAGAGGGCGAGUGGCCUGUAUUACAGCCGGUUCGGGGUAAGAUGAGCGGAUGGCCAUUACCCCCAACCAGCCGCGACAUCCCCGGCGAUGGCCCCUUCAACUCCGACCCCGACGUAUAUGAUUUCGAAGAGGGAACCACGAUCCCGCGUAACCUAGUCUACUGGCGCGUGCCUCGGGACGGCGCAUUCUCCGUGACACCCAAAGGCCUGCAGAUCGUGCCGAGCCGGAACAACCUAACGGGAAUACCCUUCUCCUUAACCACACCCGAGCUUAGCGGCCAGCAGGGCCUUUCCUUCAUCGGCCGACGGCAGACCGACACGCUGUUCAGCUUCAGCGUAGACGUGGAUUUCGCCCCACGGCAAGUCGGCCAAGAGGCCGGCGUCACCAUCUUCCUCACGCAGGUCAACCACAUCGAUCUCGGCGUCGUGCUCGUACCCGGAAUCUCCAAUUCAACGUGCUCGGAAGCCCAGACAGCACAGGUAGCACUGCGGUUCCGCGCCGAGGGCACCGGCAUCCCCCCUGAGCCGCGAACUAUUGCUGUUCCGAAGGACUGGCUCGAUGGACCUAUUAGGCUGCACGUCGACGCGGCGAACGCGACGCAUUAUAGUCUUGCUGCUGCGCCGGCUGCGGAUCCGGAUGCUAGGAUCCUUGUUGGCACGGCGUCGGCGGAGCUCGUGAGUGGUGGUAAUGGCUCUUUUGUCGGUAGUUUGGUUGGCGCGUAUGCGACGUGCAAUGGAGCUGGUGUUGGGGUGGAGUGUCCGCAGGGCGGGGAGGCGUAUUUUACUCGCUGGAGGUACGCUGGCGCGGGCCAGUAUGUCUCGGCGACGGAGGUGGUGUAG